CAAACCGAGACACUUUUUACUCGUUCGUGGUUUUUUCAAUUCGCUCCCUUUUCUGCAACCGCGUAUUCAUCACCGUCAGCCAUGGGUUACGAAGAUCAUCCGUAUCGCGACGAAGACGGAGAACCGUUGAUGGACUUCGACGAAGUUCAAUCGGAUCGCGAGGCGUCUCCGGAACCUCAGCAGCUCGACGAUUUCGAGGAUGACGUGGACGAUUGGCGCGGUCGGGAUCGGUCGCAGACUCCGGUGUACGACACCGAUCCAUCAAGGUCGAAGCCGAGGAAGAGGCUCAUCAAGAAGAGUGAUGCCGGAAAGCAGUCAGUGGCGCCGGAGCUCUACGAUGAGGAGGUGGAGGAAGAGGAUAAUGUUCCGGCGAGGUCUGAGGAUGGGGGUGUGAGGAAGAGGAAGAAGGGGAAGGAUGGUGGCGGUGGCAGUGGCAGUGGGAAGAAGGAGAAGAGGCUUAAGGGGGAGAAGAGGUUUGGAAGUAGUAGCGGUGGAAAGGGCGCGGGGUCUAAAUUUGGGGUUUCGAAGAAAGGGUUUGGUGGGAAGGCUGGGAAGGAUCACGAUGGCGAAGUUAAGGAGAUGUGGGAUACAAUUGCUGGGGGGGAUUCUGAGGAUGAUCACGACGGUGACAGGAAUGUUGAUGAUGACAACUUCAUAGAUGACACUGGAGUGGAACCUGCUUAUUAUGGAAGUGACAAUGAGCCUCGUUCUCCUGGUGAUGCUCCCCAGGCAGAGGAAGGUGAAGAGGAUGAAGAAAUCAAGGAUCUUUUCAAGAUAGGUAAGAAAAGGAAGAAGAAUGAGAGAAGUCCUGCAGAAAUAGCUUUGUUAGUUGAAAAUGUCAUGGCUGAGCUUGAGGUUACGGCUGAAGAGGAUGCUGAACUUAAUAGACAGGCGAAGCCUGCUAUUAAUAAACUCAAGAAGUUGCCUCUUCUUACAGAAGUCCUCUCAAAGAAACAGCUUCAACUAGAAUUUUUAGAUCAUGGAGUGUUAACUUUAUUGAAGAAUUGGCUUGAGCCACUGCCUGAUGGAAGCUUGCCAAAUAUAAACAUACGCACGGCAAUUUUGAAGAUUUUGAAUGAUUUUCCUAUAGACCUAGAACAGUAUGAUAGAAGAGAACAACUGAAGAAGAGUGGUCUUGGAAAGGUAAUUAUGUUUUUAUCGAAGUCCGAUGAAGAAAUCAGUGUAAAUAGGAAACUAGCCAAGGAUCUGGUUGAUAAAUGGAGCCGGCCUAUAUUUAAUAAGAGUACACGGUUUGAAGACAUGAGAAAUAUUGAGGAUGAUAGGGUUCCUUUCAGAAGGCCAUUGGUUAAAAAACCGGCAAAUAAAGCUGCAGGAAUGGAAUCUAGAGACAGUGAUCUUGAUUUGGAACUUUCGCAGCCUAGGUCUGGCCAGUCCUCUUCCAGGCAACAUGCAUCAAGGCCAGAGGCAACACCUUUAGAUUUUGUGAUCCGUCCUCAAUCUAAAAUUGAUCCAGAAGAAGUUAGAGCACGAGCAAAACAAGCUGCUCAAGAUCAGCAGCGUAUGAAGAUGAAUAAGAAGUUACAGCAGCUGAGGGCACCAAAAAAGAGGCAGCUUCAGGCUACAAAACUGAGCGUGGAAGGUCGUGGCAUGAUCAAAUAUUUGUAAAUAUGACGACGUUGAUACUGGAUGGAUUUGUUUGUCCUGCAAGUUAGAGAUUAUGUACUGUCUUAAUGUGGAAUCUUGUAAAGCAGGAUCCUGUGAGCAUUGAAUUUGAUGGGGGGAUGUCAUGAAAAUACACCCCUUUACUGCAUUUGUUGUGGAUUCAUGAAUUGUAAAAGUAAAUCCAAAAAACCACAUUGGAUGGUUUUGCACUCGACUAUUAUUUCGUUUAUGUUGAAUAAUCAAGC